UUGUCACACAAAAUUCACAAGCUAUAUUUUCUUGUAUUCUCUUACUCUAAUCUACAUCUCUCGGAUAGGUACACCAAAAAGUCUGAGAGUUGCGCAAGUGAUCACUGGUACCUGGUUUUGCGAGUUGAGCCUACCAGUAAAAAGGGGUCCGUCACGUGAAAGCAAAUAUCCAAGCUACGGCAGCUCUUCGAACCUCCUUCUUUAGGCUGCAGCGGCCCUUGUCACUCGGACAAAAUACUGUGAUCAAAGUCCCAAAUCCGCGAUUCAAGUCAAGAGCAUACAAUAUGUCGUCCAGAAGAUCAGCUCGGCUGAGUGGGGCAUCUCCCAACCUCAAGCAGGCUUCGAGCGCCGCAAACGAUAUGCCUCCUCCGCAAGUAGCGAAUAUCAGCAAGAAGAGGAAGAACCCGUCUAAGGACGACGUCCCUGCUGCUGCACCAUCGACACCAAAAAGAAAGAAGGCUACAAAAUCCGUUCCGCCAAUGACGCCAACUCCCUCUGCAAUCGGCCUGAUGACUGCCCCCUACUCCUCCGGUGACAUCGAUGAUAGCACUCCGCCACCUUUGAAUCGACUUGCAGUUCCCAAUGGCACCAAUGCACCAUUGGUUACACCAGAGACUCAUCGACUCCUUGCAAAUAAGGCCGUUGAUCAAGUGUCACCUUCAAAGAAGGGUAACAUCAAGUCAACUACUGGGACGCUUCUCGAAGAGGCAUUGGCACAUCUCGUCAAGGUAGAACCUAGACUGAAGGCAGUCAUUGAAAAGCAUCACUGUCAUGUCUUCUCACCAGAAGGAUUGGCUGAAGAGAUUGACCCAUUCAGGAGCUUAGUGAGCGGGAUUAUCUCCCAGCAGGUCUCUGGAGCAGCAGCCAAGAGCAUCAAAGCUAAAUUCGUGGCUCUCUUCAACACGGAUGAACCAGAUGCAGCUCAGCAUUCGUUCCCCACUCCGUCCCAGGUCUGUUCAAACUCGAUUGAAGUGCUCCGUACUGCUGGGCUUUCACAACGUAAAGCGGAGUACGUCCACGGGCUAGCUCAGAAGUUCCAUAGUGGAGAAAUUACUACCGAGAUGUUGUUCAAUGCCUCGUAUGAAGAGGUUCUAGAAGAAUUGGUCAAAGUCAGAGGACUGGGAAAGUGGAGCGUAGAGAUGUUCGCUUGUUUUGGUCUGAAGCGGAUGGAUGUGUUCUCAACUGGUGACCUGGGGGUUCAGAGAGGAAUGGCGGCACUUAUGGGCCGAGACGUUGGGAAGCUGAAGUCGAAGGGUGGAAAGUGGAAGUACAUGAGUGAAAAGGAGAUGGAGGAGAUUUCUGAGAAGUUCCAGCCAUACAGGAGUGUCUUCAUGUGGUAUUGUUGGAGAGUCGAGGAAGUCGAUGUCAGCACUAUGGAAUAAUUUUGUCUAGUUGUAGCGAGAUUGGGUGGAUUUACACAUCCCCCUAGCAAAUGAUUUCGAAGGGUUGGAACAGCAUUGAAUAAUGGUUUUCGCAAUCGCCCUGCUAGCGUUGCAACCACUGAAUUGGUAAAGCUGUUCUUGAACUGGGCCCUAGAACUUAAGCGGAAUCGAAGAAUGGGAUCCUAACGUUUGCUCAUUGUGGAGAUGAGUUCACUCCUCGCGAAGGUAGACGACUCAUUGAAAGCCGACGAGUGUCGGAAUGAGACCGUGAGAUGAGUAGUUCUCGAGGCCGGGUUCCCUCUUCAUUCUGAAAUUGCCGUUUUCUGUGA